ACCUUUCCCAGAACCCUUCGCGAGUUGGAAUCUAUGGUUGGAAUGAGCGGAGGAGCAAGGAAGUGCGUGGAGUGGAGUGGGGACUGGGGAAAGGACAGAGAGCAACAGGCAGGCUCAAAACAAACUUGUUUUGGGUGUGGGUGUUGAAAGGCACAGGACGCGUCUGUAUGCUUUAAACAGUUUUCAAAACUAGACAAAAGUUAGACAAUCUCGUUGGGAAACCAUUCUAUAAUUACGCACAUAAAGUUAGCUGGCUAGCAGUUUCUGGUCUUUGCUGCCCACUGCUUGGGAGAUGAGUUUGCGUAGUGGCCGAGCCUCUCUGUGAAGUUAAAAAUGCUCAAUUUCCUAAAAUUCCCGUUUAAAUGUCGUGGUUGUCACACUUCUCCAAGGGCCGUCGAGUUUCUUCCAAAGCAUUGAUGUGUCCACUCUUUGAGUUAUGCUUUCCAGAAAGAAAAGUAAAAACGAAGCGUCGAAACCAGCCGAGGUACACGGAAAAUAUGUGAAGAAGGAGACUUCGCCACUCUUGAGAAAUCUGAUGCCCUCGUUCAUCCGGCACGGGCCCACCAUUCCCCGGCGCACGGAGAUCCCGCUGCCCGAGCCGGGGCCGGGGCCCCUGGCGUACCCCGUGGGUCCCGGCGAGCCCGCGGUGUCGCGGAACAAGAGCUUCCUGCGGAACCCGCCGGCGCGGCCGCCGCACGAGGUGGCGCGGCGCGAGAGCAACCGCCUGUCGGCGCCGCCGUACCUCCCGCGCGGCCUCGGCGAGCUCCCCCACGAGUACGGCGGCUCCUCCCAGUCCUUCCUGUCCGAGGUCAACCCGCUGGCCGAGAACGGCGACGGCGGCGGGGGCGGCGCCCGCUACUACUUCCCGCCGGACCCCUACUACGACCCGCCCCGGCGGCCCAGGCAGAGGCACGUGCCCGACCGUUUCCACGACGACUACCGAUACUACGAGCACGGCGAGCAGAACUUCCAGAGAGUGCCGCACACCUCACAGGCCCCGAGCAGACACCCAGUGGGGAUAGGGCGGAUUCAGGCCAAGUCUCUGGGGAACCUGUCCAGCCCCAGCGGGGAGGACCUGCCCCUGCCGGCGGGGUGGACGGUGGACUGGACCAUCCGGGGGAGGAAGUACUACAUCGACCACAACACCAACACCACCCACUGGAGCCACCCUCUGGAGAGGGAGGGGCUCCCCCCCGGCUGGGAGAAAGUGGAGUCGGCCGAAUUCGGGGUCUACUACGUGGACCACAUCAACAAAAGGGCGCAGUACCGACACCCAUGUGCACCGAGCGUUCCUCGCUAUGACCAGCCCCCACCCCUCCCACCGCCAGUCACGUAUCAGCCCCGCCAGACCGACCGAAAUCAGCCCGUCCUGGUGCCAGCGAACCCCUACCACACCGCUGAGAUCCCAGACUGGCUGCAGGUGUACGCCCGCGCACCCCUCAAGUACGACCACAUCCUGAAGUGGGAGCUGUUCCAGCUGGUGGACCUGGACACGUACCAGGGCAUGCUGAAGCUGCUCUUCAUGAAGGAGCUGGAGCGCAUCGUCAAGUCGUACGAGGCCUACCGGCAGGCCCUGCUGUCCGAGGUGGACACGCGCAAGCAGCGCCAGCAGUGGUACGCCCAGCAGCACAGCAAGAACUUUGGCGGGAACAUGUGAGCACGCGUGUGUUAGCGUCGCGCGUGUGUUAGCGCCGCGCGUGUGUGAGCCUCGCGCGGGCCCCCGUUCCCCGCGGGGGGGGGAGGGGGGGUUGUCAGUGCAGCGCGGCGUGGCUGCACACACUCCCAUCCCAGUUUUCUUAUUUUAUUUCUUUUUUUUUUUUUUUUUAAACGGUCGCCUUCGUACCAAACGCAUCUGUGCCUCUGCUGGAUCCAAAUUAGCAGGCAAAUGAUAGGGCUGGAGGUCUGCUCGGCCUAAGAUGUGGGUUCACUAGAAGCGAUCUGGCAUGCCGGGAACUCCCGCCCCCCCCCCCCCCCCCCUUUCAAAACGUUGGGGGGAGGAGAACGGUGGCAGCAGCUCUGCUCAGAGAGCUGUAAGUCACUCAGUAAGUGAACGGCUCUGAUGAAUCUGGCGCCUGGACACUUUUACAGGGGUGCAAAGGGUCUGUGAUUCCAGCUUACGGUCUGUAAGAGUGCCCAAAAACUGUGCCUUUUUAUUUUUUUACAUUUUUUUUUUACAGGAACCGUUUUCUCUCUCACUCUCUUCUUCUCUUUCUCU